AUGGUGUUCCGAUCCCCUUUAGAGCUUUAUCCCACCCAUUUCUUUCUGCCAAACUUCCCCAGCGACCCGCACCACCACCACCGCUCGCUUCUUCUAGCCACUGGUGGCAGCAGCAGCUCCGGAGGCGCGGGCGUGGGCGGCGGGGGGCCCCCCUGUGGGUACACCGCCGGAGCGGCGGGAGGCGACGGCGGCGGGGGGGGAGGAGGAGGAGGCGCCUCGCGGGGAGCCCCGGAAGAGCCGUCCAUGUUCCAGCUGCCCACGCUCAACUUCUCCCCGGAGCAAGUGGCCAGUGUCUGCGAGACGCUGGAGGAGACGGGGGACAUCGAGAGGCUGGGCCGGUUCUUGUGGUCCUUGCCGGUAGCGCCCGGAGCAUGUGAAGCCAUCAACAAGCACGAGUCCAUCCUGCGGGCCCGGGCGGUGGUGGCCUUCCACACGGGCAACUUCCGAGACCUUUACCACAUCCUGGAGAACCACAAGUUCACCAAGGAGUCGCACGGCAAGCUGCAGGCCAUGUGGUUGGAGGCUCACUACCAGGAAGCCGAGAAGCUGCGCGGACGCCCCUUGGGGCCGGUCGACAAGUACCGCGUCCGCAAGAAGUUUCCCCUGCCGCGAACCAUCUGGGACGGCGAGCAGAAGACCCACUGCUUCAAGGAACGGACUCGCAGCCUCCUGCGGGAAUGGUACCUCCAGGACCCCUACCCCAACCCCAGCAAGAAAAGGGAACUGGCCCAGGCCACCGGCCUGACGCCCACGCAGGUCGGCAACUGGUUCAAGAACCGGCGGCAGAGAGACCGGGCGGCGGCCGCCAAGAACAGGCUCCAGCACCAGGCGAUCGGACAGAGCGGCAUGCGGUCGUUGUCAGAACCGGGCUGCCCGACCCACAGUUCGGCGGAGUCUCCGUCCACGGCGGCCAGCCCCACCACCAGCGUCUCCAGUUUGACAGAAAGAGCCGAGACGGGGACAUCCAUCCUCUCGGUAACCUCCAGCGACUCAGAAUGUGAUGUAUGAUAAUGGAAAGGAACAAAAGCUAAGAAAAAAAUAAUUAAAACAAAAACUAGAAAAAGACAA